AGCCGAAAAGCAAAGCGAGGAAAGUAGCCAUGAAAGUCACGUGAGUUCGGGGAGAUCUUUCGGUCAAAAGAGCAACGAGUCGAUCUCUAUUCUUCGUGAUGUUUCCGUGGCAGAGUUAACCCAAUUUUCUCCCAAAGUAACCAGCACCGCUCGAGAUUCAGAAAAAGUAGACUCGUCACCAGAGGACAAUACGGCGGAAGAUGGUCCUAGUAUAGCUAUAGUGGAGCAUAGUAUAGUAGACGCAAGGCAAGCAGUGGAACGGUACGAUGUAAGUGGCAGCUCCACGAAUGAAAUUGGACGUUUUAAAACGCCAUACUCUUUACCAGGCUUAUAUAAACCAGCUGAAAAAAGGCGUGUCAACUUUGAUCUCAAUUUGAUAGAGGAUGCUGAUUUGUCCAUUGUCGAGUCGAGCCAAGGGCUUGAUGAACUCUCCCAGCAGUUGCCAAUUACAAGUAUGGUUAAUAACUUUGUUAACUGGGCAAAGGAAUCCUAUAAGAAGCUUGCCUCGAGCAAAGGAAGCCAAAGAGGGAUAAGCUCGCAAAUUAUCAACAGUGCUAAUCGAGAUACUGGAGGGCAGGUGAACUGUGAAAACUGUGAUAUGAAAGAGACUGCCCAAGGUAACGGUAUAACUAAUGACGACGUUGCUGCUGCUGAUGAGGAUGAUAAUGAUGACAACGAUGAUGAUGAUGAUGAUGAUGAUGAUGAGAUUUUUUGUACAGCAAGGUCCUGUGAUCAUCCCUCCACUUCCUCCGUGCCGCAUGUAGGCUCAAAUGAUGAUUCAGACAAUUCUUACUCAACUUCACAAACAAAACGCUCAAAUAAGAUUGAAAGAGUUCGUAGUCAGGAUUCUCCCGAAAACAAUCUAUAUCAAGAAGAUCGAAAUCGUCCAAACCCUGAUGUAUCUCCCUGUUUAUUAAGCGACAGUUCAGUCGAAAGUCCAAAUAUAAAUGAACAUUCCAAAUUGGCCAGCAAUCUGAGUACACCAUCCAGGUCAUCUUGCUCAAAAUUAAUCAGAUCUCAGACUUCGUUGUCUGCCAUGGAGGUGUGUAAUAGCUCUGACAUCGGCUCAACACCUACAAUCCUAUCAGUUCAACAAGAUUGCUCAUCUAUAAGGCGUGACUGUUCUAGGUUAAAAGAAAAGGUCAAUGAAUUGUUAGACGCGACCAAUAAGUUGCCCCCGGUAUUCAGACGGAAACAUUUCUUUGAAAGUGACAUAUCUAACGCUGAACUUGCCGAUGUUAUAAUAGCGGGGAAAACUCCACCAAUACUCCUAAAAGACCUUGCAAAAGAUAGGGAAUCGGAAGUGAAGACCAAGGCAUCGACUCCUAUACUUGAAAAGGGAGGCUCAUCUGAAGAAGACGGUGGAUCUAACGCUAGGCUUGAUGUUCUUAUCGGGGAAAAGACUUCACUCGCGUCGGACCUUACUGAGGAUCAGGAAUCCGAUGUAGCGCUAUUGAGGGACUUUGACGUGCCUGGUCUCUGUCUUGAUGAUGCGUCUGUGAAUUCGCAGGAAUUUUUAGACGAUAUUUGCACCGCUGAUAAAUACAAUGAUGCAACACCGGAUGAUGUGCUGAAUGCGUUGCAAAUGUUGGAAAGUAGUAUGAAUAUGAGCAGAGCACAAGGGUGCAGUAUUAUCGAGGUGAAUUCCCCUGUAGACAGUAGUAUGAACAUAUGUACCGCGCAAAGAUGCAGUGAGAAUGAGGAGAUUAAUCCUUUAGCGCAAGAAAAUAGUAUUGUCAAGGAGGAUACCCCUGCACAUAGCAUACGUUCCGCGCAAAAAUGCGGUAUUAUCGAAGAGAAUGCUCCUGUUUUCUGUGGGGAUUCAAUCUCUGAAAGUCAGCCAUCGACUGCUGCAAGUAGUCAUCCAAGUGGGCUCUCCAGCUCUGGUUCCAUUCCCUGUGGGCAACAACAAUGUGAGGACGAAGAUCGUAGUCAUCUUUAUCUUGAAAUGCGUGCUGAGCAGAGCUUAUUGCGUGCAUUAAUGUCACAAGAAUCAGACAAUUUUGCGGACAGUGAAACUUUAAAUCAUGCUAUAAGCAAUAUGGUUGCACAAACACCGCGAACUUCCCCGUCUAAUGAAAAGGUUGAGACUAAGGAUAAUAUCGAUGUUACUACGUCUAGCACAUGCUCAGACAUACUGGCUAAUCAGCACGUAUUAGCGGAGGACGACAUUUCUGAAUUACCGCAAGCGGGAAGUAAGAGAAAGCGAACUUGUCUUAAUGACGACGAAGAGCACGCUCCAAAGCGUACGGCAGUAGCGCGUGAAAGAGUAAGCCCAGAUUCGACGAAUGCGUCACAGCAGCCUUCCCACAUGGUCCAGAUGAGCCAGGCACACGAUUUGUACUCACAGCAGGAGAUAUUAGAGAUGUCAUGGUCAGACGAAAAGGAAGCGCCAUCAACAUCGCAAUCCGAACCGACAUUUUUAGUGAAGUGCAAAGACAAACUAAGCAGCCCCGAACAUGAUAUAGCCCUUUUUUAUGGCACCGCGUCAAGAACAGCUCAAGGUCACCCGUCCAGAGACGACCUUAUCCCGUACUAUGGGGAUUCAGACGGCUCGAUAAGUGAAAUCGAAAAACCACGAACUUCAAGAGUGUCACGAACCAGUAGCAAAACGUCCACUGGAAAAAAGCGAAGACGAUCAAAGAGUGAAGUGGCAAUGGAGAAAGUUUGGUUGGAGCGUGUUUUCGAUUGGGUGGAUACACUACCAGCUAAUGAUCAACGCGGGAGAGAGUUUAAUUGGUUUGCUGACUAGACAGACCUGUAGGCUGACCGGUUUGGCCAGUUCGCUUGGGACGGCUUUGGAAUUGGGUCGACACACUUCCACGCCAAGCAUCGACGUGUGAGAGAGUUUCACUGGUUCUCUACUUUUCAACUGACCGGCUUGACCAUCAGGCUGACCGGUCUGACUAGUUUGAAACGGGCAAAGGAUCGGAUGAAAACACUUUCACGCCAAGGAUCGACAUGAAAGACAUCUUUUGCUCUGGUAAUUGACUUCAAAUAUUGGUGGGUAAAUGUUGUCUCUUUCUCAUCUGGUUAUGCUUGCGAUAUGUUCGCGUAAAAUGUGCAGAAUAUACGCUAAAUGGAAGUGAUUCGGAGAAAGGAUGCAGUAGAGAACCGUAUCCCCUUGCGAGUACGGAAAUUGCAGAACAACAUUUACGUAAAUAUUGAGCAUCUUUCCGUUGAGUACGAUAGAGCCAUGCUCUGUUGUAUGUCGGCUAUUAUUAAUGAAUCGUGCAGACAGACACUGUAUAAUCAAAUGAUUUUUGUUGCUGUUGUUGUUUAAAAAGUCUCUGCCAGCCGCCAUUUUAUUAUUUAACAAAAUAGCAAUUGUGAGAAAGCAUCCAUUCCCAUCGGCUAUGCUUUUGCAGCUAUUGGAAUAUUUUCUAUUAAAUUUGUUAAAUCAAGUAUUAAACUUUGUUUUUAGAUUGAAAUUUUAAAAUUUCUUUACAUAAUUUGUCUUCCAAGAUUGAGUGAAAACAAUAACAAAGAUGUGGCUGACAAAGGCGCUUUAACAACAAAUGCACAAUUCCACACAAUAAUAUGUACGGUGUCAUCUUGUGCCGUUUGAUACUGAAGAAGUCGUUAUUUCUAAAAACAAAUUUAAAAUUGCAAAUUUUUGUAUUGUGGUUAAGAAAUGAUUCAUUCAAGGUAUGUUGGUCGAAGGACCGAUUUUAUUCAAUAUUCUAGCAAUGUCUGAAAUUCUAUUCCUACAUUUCAAGAAGAAACGUAUUAAAGUUUCUAUAAAAAGUU